UUUUUUCCCUCUCCCCCUCCAUGGAAGUAAUGGUUAAAGCAACUCUCUUUUCCUUCUUCUUGCUACUCAUUUGCCACACAGGCGGUUAUGCAAAACCGCUCGAGUACCAAAACCUGGAACUGGGACCUCUUCCUAGACCUCCUACCCACAAGCCAGAUCUUUCAUGGAGUGAAUCCUCAACCUUUUCUGAUCUCGAAACCGCUGAAACUAGCCUCGAAACCACCCUCACUGUUCCUUUAGAACACAGAGAUGCUCUGGUCUUCAACGCAACCGCAGAAACCCUCUUUAACCGGAGGUUAGAGAGGGAUGUAGCUAGGGUUGAAACCCUGACGGCCAUGGCAGCAGGCGCCAGGGCGAGGAGAAAUGCCACUCGGGACUUCAGUAGUUCCAUCAUAUCCGGCCUCUCUCAAGGCAGUGGAGAGUACUUCACGAGAUUAGGUAUAGGAACUCCUCCCAAGUACGCUUACAUGGUGCUCGACACUGGCAGUGACAUCGUUUGGAUCCAAUGCUCUCCUUGUCGUAAAUGUUACACCCAAGCCGAUCCCGUCUUCGAUCCCAAGAAAUCUGGCUCCUACGCUGGCGUUACGUGUUCGUCGCCGCUCUGCCGGAGGCUUGACGUGUCAGGUUGCAGUAAGCAGAAGAUGUGCCUAUACCAGGUCUCUUACGGUGACGGAUCCUUCACCGUCGGCGAUUUCUCGACAGAGACACUAACAUUUCGAAGGAGGAAGGUUGGGAAUGUGGCGCUCGGGUGCGGCCAUGAUAAUGAAGGCUUGUUCAUCGGCGCUGCCGGGUUGCUUGGACUCGGUCGAGGGAGACUGUCUUUUCCGUCACAGACUGGGCGUCGAUUUGGUCGGAAGUUCUCUUAUUGCCUCGUGGAUCGUCAGGCAUCCGCGUCGAAGCCUUCGUCGAUUGUUUUCGGCGAAUCGUCCGUAUCGAGAUCGGCCGUUUUCACUCCGAUGCUUACAAACCCUAAACUCGACACUUUCUACUACGUUCAGGUUACCGGAAUGAGUGUCGGCGGUGUGCCGGUGCCGGGGAUAACGGCUUCAAUGUUCCGCCUUGACGCGGCUGGCAACGGUGGGGUUAUCGUCGACUCAGGCACGUCAGUAACUCGUCUGACUCGCCGGGCUUACAUAGCGCUUCGUGAUGCGUUCCGUGCAGGAACACAAUUGAAGCGAGCGCCUGGGUUCUCGUUGUUCGACACGUGUUACGAUUUGUCAGGGAAGUCGGUGGUAAAGGUUCCAACGCUGGUGAUGCACUUCGGAGGUGGGGCCAAUCUGGCUUUGCCGGCUAACAAUUAUCUGAUACCAGUCGAUAAUAACGGCGUUUUCUGCUUCGCAUUCGCCGGGACGACAAGUGGGUUGUCGAUCAUCGGGAAUAUACAGCAACAAGGUUAUCGGGUUGUGUUCGAUAGUGCCGGGUCUCGUGUCGGGUUCUCUCCGAACGGAUGCGCGUAAGACAAGAGAGGGCGACAGAUUUUUUUUUCUUUUUCCCUCUUUGUUUUCCUU